GUGUCGGAGGCCCUCCAUCAAGUGGAGGAGCUCCGGUCUCAGACGGCGCCCUGCCCCAACGGGAGCAGGAUCGUUCUCCUCAAGCCCAUGAAUCUGAGCUCCCAUAUAUUCUUCCCCGUGUUCGCCGACGUCGUGAACAAAACCGUCCAGAUGGCCAACACGAUCAGCGACCUGCUGCUGUUCACCGACAAAUCGCCGGAGUUCUUCUUGGAUCUGUUCUUCGUCAUGACGCAGUCUCUCGUGGAGUCGGGGACCCAGGUCCGGGGUUGCGCCAUAGCGGUCAACCUGAUGACAGGGGCUGGUCCCAUGACGUCGGCAAAACCCCAACCGUCCGCGGAUCCUUCCCUUGGGCCGGAGACCCCGAAAAACGCCACGGCGUCGUACAGGGAGUCCUUGUUCCCAUACGCGUACCGGACGCAGGCCGGCGAGGUUGUCGUCACCGACCUGUCCAAGGUCUACCGUUUCAACCGCACCAACUGGUACUCGCACCACGUCAACAGGUCCGCCGACGGCCUCCUGAAAGCGCGGGACCGGAUCUUCACCGACAAAACAGAUGUCGGCGUGCUGUCGCCGUACCUUGGCAAGUGGAGCAAGGUCGUGUCGGUGGCGCCCGAGGACGGGUUCUGGGCCAAACCGUACUACGACUGCCUGCUGGAGAACUGGGUCAUCCAGUACUCGGUUCCUUUCUACCAGCAGAAAGGAAGCAGACCAGAAUUUAAGUGA